GUCAUUCUAGUCUACGUGACGGCCAACUCGCAUCUCUGCUACAAUAUUUAAAACAAUAGCAUUAUCAGACCAAAACCACGUAACAUGCAUGUGCAUGUAUACACUACAUCCAUAAUACUCACAUCUCCAAUAUAAGAACAGGUGGAUUCAUCCUCUGUCAAAGAUUCGUGUGUACGUGCUUCAAAAUAUUUACAUUUUAAUGUAAAAGUUAACAAUAAUCUUUCAUAGAGUGCUAUAUAUAAAAAGAUCAAACGUCGAGUUCAAUAUCGGAGUAACAAACAGGAACAAUAGUUGUUAACAACUUGGCAAAACGGAAGUAUCCACUUUUUUUGUAUAUUCUGCGAAGAUAUUUGUACUAUUACUACUAUUACAGAUACAGUGAUUUUUGAAAAUACACACGAUGCAAGCUGCCCAGGUCGUUUCGCACGGCUCACCUCUUGUUAUUCAAGAAGUGCCCAUUCCCAGCCCAUCGAUAGGUGAAGUCCUUGUUCGCUUGGAAGUUUCGGGAGUAUGCCACACCGACGUCCACGUGCAAAUGGGGGACUGGAAGGUUAAAUGUCCUCUCCCAAUGACGCCUGGUCACGAGGGAGUCGGUACCGUGGUCAAGUUGGGGGAAUCUGUAAACAAUGUCAAUUCAACUCUGCAAAUUGGUGAUCGAGUAACUGUCCCUUGGCUUCAUUCCUCAUGUGGUCAAUGCGAACACUGUUGGAGUGGAUGGGAAACGGUGUGUAGCCAGCAGAAGCGAACAGGCUUCACAUCUCAUGGAACUUUCUCCCAGUACUGCAUUGUUGAUGCGGCCUUUGCUGUUCCAGUUCCGGAGGCGUUAAGCAGUGAACAAGCUGCGGUUAUAAGCUGUGCAGGUGUCACUGUUUACAAAGGCCUGAAAGUUUCAGAGGUACAUCCUGGUCAGUGGGUUGUUAUUGUCGGUGGGUCUGGAAAUUUGGGACAUGCAGCGAUCCAAUACGCACUUGCGAUGGGAAUGCGAGUUAUUGGAGUCGAUACCUCGCAAUCCAAAUGUGACUUUAUGACCUCACUUGGUGCUCAUGCUACCGUGAACGUGUCCACUCAAGACAUUGUUUCUACCAUAAAAUCUCUCACCGGAGGGGCUGGUGCUCACGGCGCACUGAUAAUCGCUCCCGUAGCCUCAGCUAUCAGCAUUGCAGUCAAAUAUUUGCGACCUCGAGGCACAGUUGUGGUUAUUGGAUUACCGCCAGGGAAAUUUGAGGUGGACGUUUUUGACAUGGUGCUUAAUGCUAUCACCAUUCGAGGAUCCAUUGUGGGCACGCGGUUAGAUUUACAGGAGGCCUUAAAUCUCGCAACUGAUGGGAAAAUUCAGUGUAAAAUCAGGAAAAGGAAUUUUACAGAAAUUCAGGAUGUACUGGACGAUUUGAAAGACGGAAAAAUUGAAGGAUGUGUGGCCAUUGAUAUUCCAUAAUUACAGUAUAUUUGCAUCUUAUAUCUUUACAUCUUAAAGCAAGCAAUUUUUGUGAACAGAGUAAAAUAAUUUACAUGUACUUAAUUUCUAUUUAAUUGUAAUUGAAAAGUCUUAAAUAAAUAGUACUUAGUUUUCCUUGCCAUCCCCCACAA